UUGUUUGUAGUCCGCCAAUAAAAACUCUGAAGAAGAAGGAGCUACCUUCCAGAUUGCAUCCGCAUCAGAGCUAAGUUAACGGUUAAAAUUCCUGCAACACAGAACUUCAGCGAAGCGAUCAACAUGCCUAUGUUUUUGGUAAAUACUAAUGUGGCCAAGAGUGACAUUCCGCCUGCACUGUUGUCUGAGGCCACAGAGGAACUGGCCAAGGCGAUGGGCAAACCUGUGCAGUACCUUGCUGUGCACAUCAUCCCAGACCAGUUGAUGAUGUUUGGAGGGAAAGGAGACCCUUGUGCUCUCUGCUCCCUUCACAGCAUUGGAAAGAUCGAAGGAGCUCAGAAACAAUACUCUAAACUACUGUGUGGACUGCUCAACAAACACCUGGGCAUCUCCCCUGACAGGAUCUAUGUGAACUUCUUUGACUUGGAGGCAGCAAACGUAGCCUGGAACAACUCUACCUUCGGCUGAUCAGGGGAUCUGAACUUCAAUGGGAGCUGACCCCUCCUUUCCCCCACACCUUAAUAACGGUAGUACAGCAUUAGAGUAGGCUGUGAAGAGACGCCCAGUUUCUGGGCUGAUGUAGAGCAGCAUUGAUAAAUGCACUUAAAUGGACCCUUGCUUUAUGCAGACCCUUGAUUCGUACUGGACCCUUGGCUUUGAUGUUCCAAUAAAGUGAUUCUCAUUGA